UGCACUUUUGGGGACCCCGGAAGGCCCCUUCCUGCUGCCGCAGGCUUGGAAGUGCCUGAUCCUGCUGUCUGGCUUCUCCCCACUGUCAGCACCUGAUCAGAUCAUGGAGCAAAGUUGAGGCCGAGCCUGGGUGCUAUUGCAGCCUGGCUGGGUGUGUGAAUGCUCUGGGCAGUGCUGACACACCAGCCCCCUGCCACUUUGGCCCCCUCUGGCCUUUGGGUGCCAACGAGCAUGGGAGGGAGGCCAAGAGGGGCUGAGGGCAGCUCAGUGCUGGCCUGCAGGCACCCCUUGGCACAAACAGCUUGGGUGCCGUGAAUGGUGGCAAGAGGCAGACAGGUUCCUGGGUGGAAGGUGGCGGGUCCCGGUGAAGCCCGACCUUCAAGCCAGGGAAGGCCUGAAGCCUGGGGGCUGGGCUGCCAGUUCCAUGGACCGGAAUGGGAACUUUUGGUGCUUUUUCCGGCCCACCCAUGGCUGCCCAUGGACCAAUAGGCAUGUACGUCCUCCCCUGUGAGACCCAUAAAAAGCCCCUGACUCAGCCAGACCAGAAGAGACGAUGGGACGACCAGCUGCGGGGAGGAGCUACCCUCUCUGCUGAGAGCUGGAGAGAUGACAGGACAACCUGCCCACAGAGAGCAGCUACUCUAGCCAGGGAAGCAAGCAGGCAUGCCAGCUCUUUCUUUUCCAGUAUUCCUGGGCCCAGUGGGGUCUUCUCACUCAGUUACAAUAUUUGAUCUAAGAACAUUCACUUUCCAGCUGAUCAGAAAGUAAAGGUGACUGGCAUGGUGUGGCCGUGAGAGAUGCAGUGUGACCUCAGAGGUGAACAUCAGUGCCGGGACCAUUUGGAGCAGGAUGUGGUAACCACCAAGUGGAAACCAUGGCCUUUUGGUUCGACCUAGAGCAUGAAUGUAGCAAAGCGAAGCCCUGUACACUUUAUAAAAACCAGCAGAAAGACACUCCAGUCUGAGUGAGCAGCUGGAACAAAGAGCUCUGCAUGCCUCUUGUUGUGCCCUACCUGGACAAACCCCCAACUCCGCUCCACUUCUACCGGGACUGGGUCUGCCCCAACAGGCCGUGCAUCAUCCGCAACGCUCUGCAGCACUGGCCGGCCCUCCAGAAGUGGUCCCUCCCCUAUUUCAGAGCCACAGUGGGCUCCACAGAGGUGAGUGUGGCCGUGACCCCCGAUGGUUAUGCGGAUGCCGUGAGAGGGGACCGCUUCAUGAUGCCAGCUGAGCGCCGCCUGCCCCUGAGCUUCGUGCUGGAUGUGCUGGAGGGCCGGGCCCAGCACCCUGGAGUCCUCUAUGUGCAGAAGCAGUGCUCCAACCUGCCCACCGAGCUGCCCCAGCUGCUGCCUGAUCUGGAAUCCCAUGUGCCCUGGGCCUCUGAAGCCCUGGGAAAGAUGCCCGAUGCUGUGAACUUCUGGCUGGGGGAGGCGGCUGCGGUGACUUCUUUGCACAAGGACCACUAUGAGAACCUCUACUGCGUGGUCUCAGGAGAGAAGCAUUUCCUGUUCCAUCCGCCCAGUGACCGGCCCUUCAUCCCCUAUGAGCUGUACAGGCCGGCAACCUACCAGCUAACUGAAGAGGGCACCUUUAAGGUGGUGGAUGAAGAGGCCAUGGAGAAGGUGCCCUGGAUCCCACUGGACCCCUUGGCGCCAGACCUAGCACGGUACCCUAGUUACAGUCAGGCCCAGGCCCUUCGCUGCACGGUGCGGGCCGGUGAGAUGCUCUAUCUGCCGGCUCUGUGGUUCCACCACGUCCAGCAGUCCCAGGGCUGCAUCGCAGUGAAUUUCUGGUAUGACAUGGAAUACGACCUCAAGUAUAGUUACUUCCAGCUGCUCGACUCCCUCACCAAGGCUUCAGGCCUUGACUGAUGGAGCGCUGGUGAACACGACCAAGCACGCCUUGGGGGACGGGGCCAGCCCCUCCCUGGCCCG